CGGAGGUGGAGGUGGAGUGCGGCGCGCGGGGGCUGAGCGGGGCCGGGCCGGGGCGGGAGGACGGCGGGCCGGAGGUGGAGGCCCGGCCGUGCGAGCCGCAGCGCGGAGGAUGUGCGGGCGGACGUGCUGCCACUUGCCCAGGGAGGUGCUGGCCCGGGCCUGCGCCUACCGCGACCGGCAGGGCCGCCGGCGGCUCCCGGAGUGGAGGGGCGCGGACGGCUACCAGCCCUCGUACAACAAGAGCCCGCAGUCCUGCAGCCCGGUGCUGCUGUCGCGGCGGCACGUGGAGAAGGGUGCAGACUCAUCGGAGCGUAUCAUUGCUCCCAUGCAGUGGGGUUUGGUCCCGUUCUGGUUUAAAGAAACGGAUCCCUCCAAGCUGCCGUUCCACACGAGCAACUGUCGUAGUGAUACCAUAAUGGAGAAGCGGUCCUUCAGGCUGCCUCUGGAAAAGGGGAGACGCUGUGUUGUUUUAGCAGAUGGAUUCUAUGAGUGGCGGCAGUGUCCGGGGAAAAAGAAGAAGCAGCCCUACUUCAUCUACUUCCCCCAAAUCAAAACAGAAAAGUCAGAGAGCGCGGGUGCUGCAGACGGCCCUGAGGACUGGGAGAAAGUCUGGGACAACUGGAGGCCACUGACAAUGGCCGGGAUCUUUGACUGCUGGCAGCCACCGGAGGGAGGAGACUGCCUGUACUCUUACACCGUCAUCACUGUGGACGCCUGCAGGGGCUUGAACAACAUCCACCACAGGAUGCCUGCCAUAUUAGAUGGAGAGGAGGCAGUCUCUAAGUGGCUGGACUUCGGGGAGGUCUCAGCUCAAGAAGCUCUGAAGUUAAUCCAGCCCACGGAGAACAUCACCUUCCAUCCAGUCUCUUACGUGGUGAACAACAUAAUAAACGACACUCCUAAGUGUGUGCUUCCUGUCCACUUGCUGAUCAAAAAGGAGCGCAAGACAAGUGGCAGCAGCCAGAAGAUGUUGCAGUGGCUGGCCACAAAGUCACCCAAAAAGGAAGACCCCCAAACACCCCCAAAGGCAGAGGCAGAUGUUCCCCAGUGGUCCAGCCAGUUCCUGCAGAAGAGUCCGUUGUCCCCUAAGAGAGGUGGCCCCGGGCUCCUGGAGCGAUGGCUGAAGCGGGAGGAGGACGAGCCCGUGGCCAAGCGGCCUCACACCCAGUAGUGCAGGACUUCCAGGCCAAGACCACAGUGUGCUGCACUGCAUGGUGGUAGCAGGUGGUGUGUGUGUGGUGGUGGGCGGGCCUGUUGCUUGGAGGAGGUACCAGUGUUAGUUAACAGUUGUGGCUUCUUGGGGGAGUGGCUGUCCUGGCUGUGACCAGGAACCUCCAGUGGGGUGGGUGGGCAGCCUGGGAAUAGGAAGGGCCGCCACCAUCAACUCAUGGUGGGAGGCGAGGGGCCCCCUUGUGCCAACAGCCCUCUCCCCAUAGGACUGCUGGCCCUCCCCUCAGAGCCGGACCCUGCUGGCAGGUCUCAGUGUGACCUGGUGCUGCUGAGCAGGGGCUAUUUUCUGUUCAGCCUUCGGGUUCUUUCAGUGUUUUGCAAUUGUUAAAACGUGUUUUUUUUCUGAAUACAUUGUAUUUGAUGAACUGUCUGCAUUUCAGAAAAUGCUGCUGGUGGGAGGAAUUCUGGACCUGACUGUUUUCUCCUGGCGUAGUCCUAGGGAAUCAUUUCAUCACAAAUGUGGGGACCGGGGUUUUUGUGGAGCUAACUGCUUUUUUGGAAACAAUAAAAAGGAUUGGUGGA